GGGGAUGUCCGCCAUUGUACUUACGUUGUUUCUGUCUUUUAGAGAAAGCAACAAAACUCAAAAUGCCUGAGCCGGCAAAAUCCGCUCCAGCACCUAAGAAGGGGUCUAAGAAAGCUGUUACUAAGACCCAGAAGAAGGGAGACAAAAAACGCAGGAAGACGAGAAAGGAAAGUUACUCCAUCUACGUGUACAAAGUGCUGAAGCAAGUUCAUCCGGACACUGGCAUUUCCUCUAAGGCUAUGGGCAUCAUGAAUUCCUUUGUGAACGAUAUUUUCGAGCGUAUUGCAGGAGAGGCGUCUCGUUUAGCGCAUUACAACAAGCGUUCAACCAUCACUUCUCGGGAGAUUCAGACUGCUGUGAGACUACUGCUGCCAGGCGAGUUGGCGAAGCAUGCUGUGUCUGAGGGCACUAAGGCUGUGACCAAAUAUACUAGCUCUAAGUAGAUUGUUACAGAACAUAUAACCCAAAGGCUCUUUUAAGAGCCACCCACACUUUCAAUAAAAGAGCUCAUAUCA